AUGGAGCAACCCGCCGCACUUCCCACGGCAACUUCUUUGCCCAUCCAUGACCAGAAUGACUCCACCGAGCCUGUUACAGGUCCGCAAAAGCGUUUCUGCGAAGGAAGCACUCACAACCCACUCCCACCUUUGUUCAGCACCGACGAAGAGAUUCACGAUAUCAAAGCUCACCGCUCUUCGAACCUUCUCACGUUCUCUCCUCCUGCCAUCAGUACAUUCAUCACCGCGCCCGCGGACGCCACAUUCACCAUCCUUCCAACCGAGGUUCCGUACAACGGCCGUACCACCGAGACGUCAUUCCACGGCCUCCCCGUCUACGCCACCCAUUUCUCCGCAUCCAUUUCUCCCACCCGCGUCCUGGCCGCCAGCAACGCUCCUACAGCGCAAGACAGCGACCCCAAGCAGUCCUACAUCUUCUCGCCCAGCCUCGUCCGGUGGGUCGUCGAUGCCGCUACGCAGACGCGGUGGAAAGGGUGGGAUGUGCCUCCUCAGCGAACGGCAGAGCUUGAUUCCAUUGCGGAAGAAGAGGGGAAGGUUAGAGGCGCGAAGAAGAGGAGAGUGGGGGAGUGUGUGGCUGGGGUGGGGUUGGUUGGGGCUGUGGUUGGUGGGGUUGCUGGUGGCAGUUGUGGUGGAGAGGACGUGUAUGAUUCGGAUGAGACAGUAUCGGCGAAGGGCGAGGAGGUGGUGGAAUGGCAAGAUAAUGAGAUUGGGGUCGGGUCUGCUAUGGGACUGGAGCACGGCAGUGUGGGUACUGCGGAAGUGGAGUUGGGUGGCGGUAUGGACAAAAACAGUGUUGGUGGGGAAGCAGAGGUGCUUGAGCUGGGACUGAAGUAUGAUGGUGCUGCGGCGUGGUAG